AUGGCUGCUGUUUUUCCAAACGUUUCGUCGUUGCCCGCAGGGAACUAUGAAGUAUUGGGAUUUGGACCACAAUCUUCAGAAGAUUGUGAACAAGUCUUUGAUACAAGAUUUGAUGAAUUCUAUGACCAAGAACCCUACAGUUAUACUGGAGUUUCAAUCGUCAACCUACAGAAUCUGGUAGAUGAAAGAAAAGUCGUCCAUAAAGAUUCUACCCAUCAUUUGGAGACUUCCUCGAUACCACCGAUUUACGAACAACUGAAAUCCUUCAUCGUUGAAGAUGCAACUAGAACUGGUUUCCCAAUCUCACUAUUCUCUUCUGUUUCAAGUGUUACUGACGUUAUACCCAGAGCCGAUCAUGCAGCUCUCUUGUUCGUACAAGUAUUACUCAGCAAGUAUUGA